AACCUGUUGCCGUAGCUCAAGGCAAAAGAGCGCUCUGAUUGGCUGACUGUGCUUGUGGCCCCUCCUCGCGCGGAAUUUUGAAAACGGCUUUGUAAAGGAAGGUGGUCCGGUGUCCCGAGGAGGAAAAACAUUAUCAGACAUGGCUCCCAGGAAGAGAACAACCAAACGGAAAAACGACCAGAAGUCGGCCAAGCUGGAGGCUUUUCUUCAGGACUUCGACAACGAGGUGGAGACCAGAGUUGUACAGCUGAAAGAGAAGAUCAACCAGCUGUUGAAAGAUGUUGACAACAGCUACAACAUGGCACUCAUUAAGCUCCCCAAGGCUGUCAGGCAAAUGUGCUGGCUGGAACAUAUUAAGCCUGAGAAACCAAAGUCACCAGAAGUGGAUAACACAAAGAGAGAAGAAGAGGUGGCUAUUGUUAACAGCAUCAUGGCAGAGGACCACGCAGUGCUUCUCAAAUCAGUCAAGAAAACUACAGCCACAAAGAAAAAGGGUGGGGCCAAAUCCAGUUCAGAGGAUGAAAACACCCCGAGCACAACAAGGAAGGCGAGAGCAACAAAGAAACCUCCAACUACGUCAAAGAGGGCAAAGGCUCUGUCUGUCAACAAGCAGAACGCCUCCAUCAGAAGAUCAUCCAGGAAACCACUGGUCACUCCUGCCAGGAGUAUGCUGGAUUGUUCUAUGAUGGGCGCUACCCCUCUCGUCACCCCACGCUUUGACCCAAGGCUUCCAAAGACCCCCGCUGUGAGAAAUCCCCGCCACAAGGAGAGAGUCUACAGCAUUUCGGUCAACGGCUCUCCCAUUGCAGCAGGAAAUGAGGACAUUAUCAUCAACGUCCCCAUCGGCAACGGAGAGAGCGUUCAGCUCCUGGCCAGUCAGAUGGACUCAGUGGACCUGUCGGCACUGGACGAAACUGCUCUGAGGAGCAUUCGGCUGCUGCAGAAUCGCCUCACAAAUCUGUGUGGGAUCUGAGUGACCUAACCGUCGGCUGUCGACAUUACUUUUAAGAAAUGUAUUUGUUAUUUUAAAACUUGUUUUUCUUUUUUUCUUUUUUUACCUAUAUGUGAGAUUCUAAAAGAGUAGGGAACUUUUGAAGUUUGGUCCUCGGAGCUGAAUUUCAUAAUUUGUGUGAUUCUUUGUAUGUACAAAAUUGCUUAUUUUUCACUGUAUUGGUUGGAAAAUCUCCUGAACAUCCAAGAAACCCUCAGGAUACUUUUCAACUUUUAUUAAACUAGUUGUUGCAGAAUGUUCACAGUAAUCAAAUUAAUAGCUCUAAAUGUAAAUAUUUUUUACCCUUACAAAGACUCAAAAAUGAAAACUCCACUUGUUUUCCUUUUACUUCGAACCAACCUUUGAUUUUAUGUAGUAUUCAUAUAGUUACUUUUAAUUUAACAGGUACUGUGUAACUCGUAUUUUGUGCAGGACUAAAACACUUCUAGAUCCGACAGAUUUAAGAAAACUUAGUAAAGUAAGAACAAGUUGAAAAUGAAAAACCCUGUUCUUCAGGUAAAAAAAAGGAUUAGUAGUUUAAUUACUGUAAAGAUUCUGCAACAAUUAUCUGAACGUUUUGAAGAUCAUUGUGAUUUUUGAGAUGCUGAGUGAGUUGUGUGAGUCUGUAAUUUUUCUGGUUGACAAGUCCAUCUUCACCUAGCUGUACCUCUGCAUGUGGACCAGUAGGUGGUAGCAUUUCACCACAGAAGUUUGCUUGUCUGGAGAAGUCAGACCCUCCUGAGUGUUGUGUCUUCUUCAUGUGGUUGUAACCCGUCCUCAGUGAUAAAGCUGUCGCUCACCUGACAAAGUAAAAUCUACUACAGUAAAAUCUGCUUGUGCACUGG